AUGGCCAUCAUUCCAAGAUACUACUGUAACUACUACGAUGACAACUGCUCAUCCUGGGAUAGCUGGGGACGCUGGGUAGCCUUCGGUGUUAUCGUCGGCUGUGCUUUCCUGCUCUUCUUUGCUUUCGCAUGUUUCAACGCCCGCCGCCGUCGCAACCACGGUCUCCGCCCAUACACCGGUACAGCAUGGAUGGCUCCUCCUCCAGGAAACCCUCCCAAUCAGCCCGCCUACCAGCAACCCUACGGCAAUGACCCAUACUACUCCCAGCAACCUCCACCCCAAUACUCGGCCAACCCCCAGAACUACGGUUACUUUGGUGCACAACAAGCACCCGGCCAACAGCAGAACGGUAUCGAGCUCCAGCAACCGAUUCACGCCCACGGCGCCGGCGCUCGCCAGUACAGUCCCCCUCCCGGUCCUCCCCCGGCGAAGGCAUGA